AUGAAUAAUAGAGAAAAUCUUAAUGACAUAAAACCAAUUGGAAAUGAUAAAAAAUAUUUAAAAAUUUAUUCUGUUGGAUAUGAUGAAUCAUUAGACACUAGUGAAUUUGGACGGAAAGCACAUUCGAGUCCGAGUAAAUCGGGUGGAUUUUUUAAUGAGGGAGAGGAACAUUUGAAGGAAGGUAAAAUGUAUAAGCAUUCAUCCAAUAGACAACGUCAAACCCGCUCAAUGGAUAACAUUGUUGAAAAAACUGAUCGUUGGCGUUUCAACGACUUGAAUACAAAUAAUAAUCAACAUUUAGUAUUUAUUAAUGAGAGCGUCAACUCGAACAUGAAUAGUGAAAUUGGAAAAUCGAGUAGUAAUGAGAUAAUUGAAAGUGACGCUUUCGGACCAGUUGUUAAUCCUAGUCUGUUACCAGGCACGCCAAUGAUUGAUAAUGCAUCAGAAGUAUCGAGAAGUUACGAGUCUGGUUUUAGUGCUUAUAUGAAUCAUGACAGACACCCGUCCGUAAAUGGAAGUUACGAUGAGACUUAUAAUUCAUUAAACUCCAAAAUUGGUCUCUUACAGAGAUUCACAGAAAUUGAGAGCAUGCAUCCGAUGGCACUUGAGAGGAAAAUCUCUUAUAAACGCCGUAAACAAUUUACGAGUACUGAAGUAAUAAAGGAAAUUUCACCAGAUAGUGGUCAAGGAGAUGAAAUUUCACUUUAUGCUGGUACGCAUGAGUAUGAUAUUGAAGUCAUUCACGGUGACGAUAGUGCUGAGAGACGUCCAAGCAAACAAGAUGCUGAACUUCGAGAAGAUCCCGAUUCACUUUUCUUUCGUGAUGGUCGACGUAAGAUAGAUAUGAUAUUGUGCUUUGAGGAAGAAUAUGAUGGUGCUAUGACAGAACAACAAGCAAUUCAACGUGAACAAAGGAGAGUCUUUCACGAUUGUUUAAUUAAAGAGGGUCUUGAUCUUGAGAUUGAAGAUAAAAGUCAGUCAUUUGAUGAGAAAACAUAUUUUGUAAAAAUUCACUUGCCUUGGAGAGCUGAAUCAAGAUAUGCUGAAGUAUUGAACCUUAGGUUACCCGUUAAACGUUUCAUAACAAUAAGUGUAAAGCAAAACAGCGACGAGAAUCCCUUAUUUUUUAAUAAACAUGCAUUUCUUCGAAAGUUUUACGCUCUCUACAAGAAAUAUUGGACAAGUUUUAAAAUAAUUACGGAGUAUGACUACAGCUUAAUCGAGAAAGAACCAUCGUUCUACUCAGCAACAUCUAGUGGAAAUCGCGAAGAGCAAUUUAUCGUAAAAGAUCGAAUGACACAUUACAAUGGUGCUCAACGUAGUAUGAUAGUAUUUCAGAUAUUGUUACGAACAAAAUAUGAUGAUGGAGAUAAAUGUGGCAUAAGGAGAUUAUUAAACGAUGGAACAUAUCUUGGAUGCUUUCCAUUGCACGAGGGACGUUAUGAUAAACCGCAUUCAUCAGGGGCUAUGCUCGAUCGAAGACUCUUAUACAUCGAGUGGGCUCAUCCGUUUAAGACAUGGUACAAAAGACAGCCUUUAUAUCUCGUUAGAAAGUAUUUUGGUGAUAAGAUUGCAUUGUACUUCUGUUGGCUCGGUUUUUAUACAUGGUCACUCGUGCCACCAGCAAUCGUCGGUUUCCUAUGCUUCAUUUAUGGUAUAUCAACAAUGAAUAGUGAUGAUAAUACGCCAAGCAAAGAGAUGUGUGAUGAAUUUGGUGUAGGAAGAACAAUUUUAUGUCCUUUAUGUGAUAAAGCAUGCAGCUAUCAAAUAUUACAUGACUCAUGUUUAUAUGCUCAAAUUACGUAUUUAUUCGAUAAUCCAGCCACAGUAUUUUUUGCUAUUUUUAUGUCUUUAUGGGCUACAACAUUCCUUGAGUUAUGGAAAAGAAAGCAAUCGAUAAUUAUUUGGGAAUGGGACUUGCAAGGUAUUGAGAAUGAUGAAGAUCCAAGACCGGAAUUUGAGACAUCUGUCAAAACAUUCAGAAUUAAUCCUGUGACACGAGAGAAGGAGCCCUACAUGACAUAUUGGAGUCGAUUUUUUCGUUUAAUGGCAACAGGAUCGAUUGUCUGCUUCAUGAUUUCCGUCGUAAUGGGAGCAGUUUUGGGGACAAUUAUAUAUCGUAUAUCGUUGGUAUCAAUUAUUUAUAGCGGAUUCGAUGGUGCUUUUAUUAAAAGUCAUGCCAAACUGUUUACUUCUAUGACAGCUGCUCUAAUUAACUUGAUAAUAAUUAUGCUUCUUACAAAGCUUUAUCAUCGUUUAGCAAUUUAUUUAACAUCAUUGGAAAAUCCACGAACGCAAACAGAAUACGAAGACUCGUACACAUUUAAAAUCUUUGUAUUUGAAUUUAUGAACUACUAUUCAUCACUUAUUUACAUUGCAUUUUUCAAGGGACGCUUUUUCGACUAUCCAGGCGACGAUGAAGCGCGAAAAAGUGAAUUUUUCAAACUAAAAGGUGAUAUUUGCGAUCCAGCUGGAUGUUUGAGUGAGCUGUGCAUUCAACUCUCAAUUAUCAUGAUUGGCAAGCAGUUUUCAUGGGAGCAAGAUUUUCAUCUCCAAGAUCCCGGUCGAUUGGCUUUAUUUGACGAAUAUCUCGAGAUGAUCAUUCAAUAUGGAUUUGUGACAUUAUUUGUUGCUGCAUUUCCUUUAGCACCUCUUUUUGCUCUUAUUAAUAAUAUCACGGAAAUUCGUCUUGACGCAUACAAAAUGGUAUCUCAAUCUCGUCGUCCUUUGGCAGAAAGAGUUGAAGACAUUGGCGCAUGGUUUGGGAUUCUCAAAAUCAUAACUUAUGUUGCUGUUGUCUCGAAUGCUUUUGUGAUAGCAUACACAAGCGAUUUCAUACCAAGAAUGGUGUAUAAAUUUGUUUAUUCGCCAACAAAUGACUUGCAGGGCUAUAUAUAUCAUAGUCUAUCAGUAUUUAAUACAUCUGAUUAUCGUGAGGAGUGGGGUACAAAAAAUGAGAAUGAUCCUGAUACGUGUAGAUAUCGUGGAUAUAGACAACCGCAUAAUGAUACAGAACCAUAUGGAUUAAGUCCUGUUUAUUGGCACGUUUUUGCUGCCCGCUUAGCAUUUGUUGUUAUUUUUGAGCAUCUUGUAUUUGUGAUAACGGCAGUUAUGCAAUUCAUUAUACCUGACAUACCAAGUGAGUUAAAAACUCAAAUGCAACGUGAACAAUUAUUGGCCAAAGAAGCAAAAUACCAACACGGUCUUAACAAAGCUCAAGAGUACGACGAUUUAUUAUCAGCUAUACGAGAUAAUAAUACUAGUCAUCGGAUGGCGAGAAGUAUCGGUAAAAGUAGUUGGGGUAAGCGAUUGAGAACGGGAGAUCAUGAUUCAGCGAUGGAUGUUACAAACAGGCAUAAAUCAAGAAUACCGUUAGAAUCAACAGUAUGGGAGUCCGGGGAGAAGCCUUAGAAUUAAUUUAACAUUAAAUAAUCAUAAAAACUGUUCAGUUGAAAUUUAAAUGCAAUUAAAAUUACAAUUAAUCAUUUCUCAUAUCCAG